AUAAAGGGCAAGCCAUCAGGGCCAGGAGCCCCAUGUGAAUAGGAGCUAAAGACAUCAACCUUUUUUUCCUCUUCAGUAAACCUAGCCUCUAACUUAGCAUUUUCUUCCACGGUAAUCUUCUCUUCCUCACCGAAAAAUUCUCUUCUGAGAUUAAUCUCAGGUCUAGGUUCCCACCUAAACAACUUUUUGUAGUACUCUACAGCAAUGCUUCUCAUCCCAGCCUCAUCUGUAACAGGGCCAUCUUCCCCUUCUAAUACAUGGAUUAUAUGUUUUCUCCUCCUUUGAUUGGCAACGGCCUGAAAAUAUGUUGUGUUUCUAUCUCCUUUCAGCACAUCUCUUUCCCUAGCCCUUUGUCUAGCUUUAAUUUCGUCUAUUUGCGACAACUUCCCUAGUUCCUUGAGGAUGUUAUUUAUCCUUUCUUUUUCUACAUCAUCAAGAGAGUCUGUUUCGGAAUGUCAGCAUCAUAUUCUGACAUCAACUCUCUCUUGUUUUUCCGAAGGAAAGCUUCUAAAUUUGUACUCCAUCCUCUAGCCAAUGUCCUAAACUCUCUAACUUUGUAUUGCGCGGGCCUAGGUUUACUGCUACAUACUUUAGUAGGCCCGAGUCAAAGCCCGGCCCGGCCCGGCCCGGCUUAGCAUCUAUACACUAUGAAGCAGUGAGAAGGGCCUGACCAACCAUAUACAGCUCUGAAUUACCUCUGAAAAGGAGAAGGCUGCAACUCCCUGUGCAAGCAUGUCAAAAAAAAAAAUACAACUCCCUGUGCAAUGAUAUGUGCCUUUAAAUCUCGAGCUACCUGCUGUGAAAGAACUCACGCAAACCUUUCUUACGAGACCACCGGCUCGGCGCUUGUUCUGACGAAACCAACAGCGCCGCCGCUCAUGGUGUGCGGCGGAGCCAUGAGCAGGUGGCUCGUCCUCCUCGUCGGUCUUCUCACCAUCUCUCUGGUACCAUCAUGUGCCGCCGCGGAGGUGAAGAUCAGCCCAACGGAGUGGAGCCUUCGCCUACCCCUGCCCGACGGCGUCACCGGCGCCGAGAGCCUGGCCUUCGACGCGCUUGGCCAGGGCCCCUACACCGGCGUCUCCGACGGCCGCGUCCUCAAGUGGGACGGCAGCGCCGUCGGCUGGACGACCUUCGCCCACCACGCCAACUACAGGAAGCUCCCCAUGUGCACCGUGGCCAUGGCGCCGUCGGAGGAGACGGAGGGCUUGUGCGGGCGGCCUCUGGGGCUCGCGUUCCACCUUGAGUCCGGAGACCUCUACAUGGCCGACGCAUACAAUGGGCUCAUGAGGGUCGGCCCCGACGGCGGCGAGGCCGAGGUGCUCGCGACCGCAGCCGACGGCGUCCAGUUCAACUUCGUCAACGGCUUGGACAUUGAUCAGGUCACCGGUGAUGUAUACUUCACCGACAGCAGCGUGACAUAUCCACGAAGGUUUAAUACGGAAAUCAUGAUGAACGCCGACGCGACGGGGAGGCUGCUCAAGUACGACGCGCGGACGAAGCAGGUCACCGUGCUCAAGUACGGCUUGCCAUACCCCAACGGCGUCGCGGUCAGCCACGACCGGAUGCACAUCGUCGUUGCGCACACCCUGCCGUGCCAGGCAUACAGGUACUAUCUCCAGGGACCAAAGGCUGGCCACUACGAGCUGCUCGCCGAUCUGCCUGGCUACCCGGACAACGUGCGGCGCGACGAGAAUGGCGGCUACUGGGUGGCGCUGAACCAGGAGAGGGGGCGCCCGGGCGCGACCACACGCCCCGUGAGGCACUUGGUCGGUGUCCGGUUAGACGGCAACGGCGUGGAGGUAGAAGAGCUGAACGCUGCCAAGGGCGUGACACUCAGUGAGGUGGCCGAGAGGAAAGGAAAGCUGUGGCUCGGCUCCAUCGAGCUCGAUUACAUCGGCCUACUAGUUGCCUUGUACUAAUUUGUUUACAUUCACCAGCACACCAGUUCCUGCUGCGUGCAUCCCUGUCCCACAAUAUAGAGUUGCGUACGUCCAUUAA